CGUCCGAACAAAGAAGCCCAAUCAUAUGCUGGUACGUUUAGUCUUAACGUGCUGAAGAAAUUCUUUGUCACGUGCUUUCACUAACCUAACACAGAUCCCCGUCAUGACAGAUCAGGAGCCUUUGUUUUUCACGCUUCUCGGGUUGAUUACCGCUACUACUAUACUAGCAGUAGAUUAUGUACACCAUCCUAUCCAGUAUCAUUCCCAGACAGACAGAGGAACUUACAAUUUCGGUUAUGACACAGGCCUUUUUGGAGCACACUCUUUUCGCCAAGAACAUCGCGAUGAAAAUGGAAUCGUGCGAGGUCGCUAUGGCUACACGGAUCCGCAUGGAAAACUCCGCGUUGUCCAUUACGAAGCUGGAACGUUUGGCUAUCACGCUUGGGGUGAUGUAUAUCCAGAUGGUUGGCCGCAGGGUCAUUUGCCUCCAAACUCCUUGGACGUCUCUGGUUCUUCUAGUGAUAAAUUUUCUUCACAGGCCACUAAGAUUAUAGAAACUUCUGUUUCUUCACCCAUAAGGUUUCCUAAAUCUUCAAAUAUUCUCCAGGCAAACACUCACUCAACUGAAAAUGAUUUUAUCAAUUCUGAACACAAAAUCACAAAAUAUCCCCAACCUUCUUUCGAAGAGCGAUAUCAAUCUUCACCAGCUAUACCUAACAUUGACCAAUAUAAAAAAUCAAGAUAUUCAUUUCUGAAAGCCGCUUAUUCUUCUAAUUGGUACAAGUUUCUUCCAUCAAAAACCUCUCUGGAUACUAUUGAACGAUCUGGUUUACACAAAAGUGAAGUCUCAGCUUUUAGGAGCAACGGAUAUUCGACGGCGAUUCUCGAAAAUAAUGGGGACAUUACCAAGAGAACGGAAGACACUGAAGAUGACACUGAGGAUUUUACGUCAGCUACCAGCAGCAACCAUAUGUCUACUAUAUAUAUUAAAGACAGCGAAAAUAUAUCUAGAAAUACCGAUAUAAGAGGUAGAUCACAUCCGAAUAAAAAAAGUAUCGAGGUUUCAUCUGGGAUCAUUAACCAAAGCGAAGUUCUGACGUCAAAUACUGCCAACACUGGAGUGUCAAGUACGAGAAGAAAUGACAGAGAAACUUCUAAUAUGAAAAAUGUAGACGAUAUUGGGGGUCCGAGGACUACGGACAACAAAAAAUCAGUUGAUUAUACACGUUGGUGAGACUGAAAUUCCUACUAACUAAGACUUUCCGUGGAUAGUGAGUUCGCCUUAAAGAACUAAAAAGAUCAAAUCCUCAGAAACUUGUCUCUUACCCAUAACUAAUACUACGAACAUUAACGAUAUUUCAUUUCCAACAAUCCAUCGGUAAAAAAAAAGAGUCUAAACAUUCAAGUUAUAGGUUUAGUUGCUUCAAAUCCACUUGUUUCCUCUCGCACUGUUAAGCACAUCAUAACAACUCCGAAAUCAUAGACUUCUACAAUAAAAACUUUUUUGGCAAGUCCACAGAAAUCAAGUGCUCGCAGACCACAUCUACAUAGGAAGAGUUUGUUUGUUUGUUUGCUGUUAACCACAAAGCUACACAAUGGGCUAACUUUACUGUGCCCAUCUAAGGAUAUCGAAACACGGUUUUUAGCGUUGUAAGCCUUCAGACAUACCGAGAGCAUGUAGCAAGAGAAAACAUUUUCCAUUCUUAUUGUCCCUCUUUAGUUUAUCCUAAUGAGACCUAUCUGGUACAGUCAGUGUCCCAGUAACUUGUGUUAAACACUAAAAACACGCCCAAUUCUUCCAGAAUACUUCUCAUAAUAUUUAGUUCUAAGUGUAUUAAACACAGGACAAGUUUCAUUAAAUCGUUGUGUAGUGGCUGAGUGAUUGGUGCGAAAAUAUCUUAAGAUAAGUGAUCACCGAUACGAUCAGAUUUAUCAAAGCAAAUAGACAUAGAAAGAGAAACCUAUAUUUGAACGAAUAAAAAUAUACCAUUUCAAACGACUUUAAAUAUUUAAGUGUAUCUUAUAAUAAUAAUAGCGUAAUCACAUAUGAACAUAAACUGGUGUCCGAAUGCUACGCCAAAUUAAUAAAGUAAGAAGUUUGAUAGAAAACCGUGUUAAUCUAAGAAAAAAAAAACUGGUUUGUUGUUGGCUGAAGAGCAAACUCCAUUUUGUAAAGUGCUGGA